UGAUAUUUUUCUACAUUGUUAAUGUUUGAAAACAAGAAACAAAAAUGAACCAAGAAAUUACGUAGACUGAUCGAGGUUUUCUAUUUUGGUGAAGUUGGAUUGGGUAGUAGUAAUUCGAUGGAAAAUGCCUAUUUUUCCAGAAAAAAAAUAGCUUGAUGUAUUUUUUCUCUCUCUAUAAUGCGAUACACAAAGCAAUAAAUAGACAACUAAUAGACAAAUAGAAACAAUUAAGUGUGCGUGAGAGUGAGAGAAAGAGAGAGAAGAAGGACAAUCAGCAAAAAUUACGAACUAUUGAAAGCCAGAUUUUUUUUUUCGUUGCUGAAUCUUUAAAAGCAUUGGCAUUUUUACAUAUUCAUUGAUAAAGCCAUUUAGUGUACAAGAAGACAAAUUGUGUAAUUUUUAUGGAACUUAUCACAAAAGAAGGAGAAAAUUCCACACACGUAUUUACAACAAAAUCGAAGAAAUUGAUAAAAAAAUAUUAUAUUAAAUACUAUUGUGUUGAAAUGUUUACGUGUAUUUGAUACAAUUUAAGCCAAACUAAAUCCCGUGCUUAUUCAAUGUGUUUAAUUCAAAAAUGCAACGAAAAGGACAACAGAAAUUUUGAAGCCGAAUCUAUUUGGUGUUGUUGGUAAUAUCGAAACAAAAAAAAAAAAAAACAACGCAACAGUAACAGAAAUUAAUUAAAUGAACGAAAGAUAGAUAGAUAGAAAGAGAAAGAGGUAGAGCAAGAGAGAAAGAGAAAAGAGACACUUAAAACUUAGUUGAGUUAAUCGCAGUACGUUUACUUCACAUCCAUUGGAUUCCGUAUGUGUUUGCGCGCAUGUGAAAGUUAAUGCAGUUAUAUAAAAUGGUAUAAAAAUAAAUAAAAUAAAAACACAUACAAACAACAACAGCAACGGCAGCAACAUUUAUAAUCAUAAAUACGAUAAAGAGCACACACCUAGACCAGAAAUCAAUCAAAAUAUGAUAUCGACGAUUUACUUUGGAAUGUGAUUGAAGCGAAAAGCACAUCGACAAGAUAAACACAUUUUUGUUUUUCUUGUGCAAUAUGAAACAAACAAUGUAGGUGGAUGGGUCAUUUCAAUUCACUCACUCUAUGUAUUAUAAACUAAUGGCAGUGACAUAGGUGAAAAACAACAACAAAAAAUUACCUAUUAGUGACAUAAACAAAACAAAAAUCAACAAGUAGCACACAAUACCAAAUAGACAAACAUUUGUCUAAACUUCAUAUUUACAAUAACUUAUAAACGGACAAAAAGGAGAACAUUCAUAUAUUUAAUGUAUAUUCUUUUUGAAAACACGAAAUACAGUAAGAUCAAUCGAACGAGGUUUAUUGGAAAGAAUGACGUCAAGGUUGGACCGUCUGUUUAUAUUGCUGGAGUCUGGCUCGUCGCCAGUUACUAGACGAGCUGCAGCCAAACAAAUUGGCGAAGUUCAAAAAUUGCAUCCGCAUGAAUUGCACAAUUUACUCUCAAGACUGUUAGUUUAUUUGCACAGCCCUGUAUGGGAUACCCGAAUUGCUGCCGCCCAAGCUGUGGAAUCAAUAUUGAAUAAUGUUCCACAAUGGAAUCCGAAACCGUCUUCAGUGAAAACCGAAAAUUUGUCUAGUCGAAACUACGAAGCCAGUCGCCUUACAUUUGAUCAAUUCAAUUUGGAAACCGUAUUGGAAAAAGGAGCACGUUUGAUUGGUUCGGAAGGUAGCGAAUUCGAUUGUACAGAAGAUUCAAGUAGUACAGAUGAUCCAAAUAAUGUAAACGAACAAGAUCGUUUAAUUCGACAACGAUUACAAUUGAAUGAGAAACUUGGAUUGUGUCAAUCGAACAGUUCGUUCGGCCUUUUGAAUAUCAAUGACCUCGUUUCGUUAGAUGACAUGCGAAACACAACAAAUAAAUAUGAACCCAAUAAGUCUUUGUUACCAGUGCAAGAGGUACUCAAUUUGGAAUCAAAUGGCUCAACAUCGGCGUCAUCGACGUCAAUGAGUUGCCGUGAAUUGAAUCGUUUGGAAAGAUUACGACGAAAAUCACGACAACAACAGACAAUAACGAGUCAAAGUGGAACGUCAAUUAGUAAUAAUGUGAGCUCAUCGAGUGUUGCAUCUGGUGGAUUGCCGACGGCAACAUCUGUAAGCGCUACGUUUAGCCGAAGCAAUUCAACCAGCAAUGGAUCGACCAGUGACGAUCAACCGGAAGCCAAAAAAUUUAAACCUAGUGAAACUGAUGUGACCUAUUCGUUAUCAGAAUCAGUACCAGAUGGAACAGGCGAAUGGACUGACGCUACAACGGACUGGCCACUCGAAUCAUUUUGUUCGAAAUUGUAUUUGGAUUUAUUCAAUCCUCGUUGGGAGAUUCGUCACGGUGCCGCAACUGCUUUGCGUGAACUGUUUAAAAUUCAGGCGUCAGGUGCUGGAAAAAGUGUUUUUAUGACAGCCGAAGAAAUGGAAGCAAGCCAUGUGUCAUGGCUUGAAGAUGCCGUUUUGCGUUUACUUUGUGUCUUAUCGUUAGAUCGAUUCGGCGAUUUUAUAUCUGAUCAAGUGAUAGCACCCGUCAGAGAGACAUGUGCACAAGUGCUUGGAAUUGCUUUGAAGGGAAUGCCGAACAAUGUUGUACAAAGUACUGUUGAAAUCUUAAUGCGACUCAUGAAGCAAAAUGAAUGGGAGGUCCGACAUGGAGGUUUACUUGGCAUAAAAUAUAUGCUCGUUGUUCGAGAAGAUUUAAUGCAAACAUUUUUACCGUUCACUAUAAAUAAUAUAUUGGCCGGACUUUUUGAUCCGGUCGACGAUGUUGGUGCAGUUGCAGCUUCAACAUUGAUUCCAAUUGCUGGCUCUCUUCCAAAAUUGUUGAGCAUCGAUCAAGUUUCAAGUAUUGUUAAAAUGCUUUGGGACCUCUUACUUGAUCAAGAUGAGCUUGCGUCGGCCUGUAAUAGUUUUAUGGGAUUACUAGCGGCCAUUUUAAGUUUACCAAAUGCUAGCCAGUGGCUCCAAAUGGAACCAAUGAAUGUGCUCAUACCUCGUUUAUGGCCAUUCCUAAGUCAUACAACAUCAUCGGUGCGAAAAUCAACAUUGCAAACACUUAAAACGCUCACUCAGUGUAAUGCAACCGAAACGACAAAUGGAUCCAAUAAACCGGAUGACAACGACAAUAAAAUGGUACUAUCGGAGCAAUCAUCGAGUGAAUUUGAUAAAAUUGUAAAUGUAAACGCAAAAAAUUUGUCACUUAAUUUCGGUGUCAAAGAGUGGCCAUCGAUGCUACUGCAAGAAUCUCUUCGGUUUAUUUAUCAACGUGUUUUAGUCGAACAUGUGGCCGAAAUUCAAACGAUUGCCGAAGAAGUUUGGGUCAAUCUUGUAACAAAUGCAGAACUGUCUGCUCUCUUACACGCCGCAUGUCCGUAUGUAUCGGCUUGGAUGUGUUUAGCUAUGCAACCGGCUCGGCUAGCAUUCGAUCCAUCUCUUAUGAUUUAUGCUAAAACAAAUCCAACAAAAGAGCGUGGCAAACGGUUAAAUGAUCUUGAUUUGAGUAUGUCCAGCGAAAAGCAUCAUCCAAAAAUGUAUUUGGGCGGAAUCGAAACAACUCCAGUCGAUAUUCGAGAAAAGAAUAUACCACGUGCUCGAUGCAUUGCCGCCAAAAUGAUUGGUCUCUUAUCGAAAUAUUUAAUUUUACCCGCACCCGGUGUCGUUUAUACGCCUGAAGUUGAAAGUCCGAUUCAAUGCUAUACAAAACUGUUGAUUGGAUAUCUAUCGUCUCGUUCUGCAUUGCAACGACUUAUAAGCGGCAUGGUUAUAUCAUUUUGGGCUGUUAAUGAUCCUGAAUCGAGACCGGGUCCGACUGUACUUCAGGAAAAAUUACAUCAAGUAUUGAAUGAAAUGGUUUAUUACGAUGAAGUUGCAUUUUUAUUAACUCGACUAUUGCAAGAGUCCCGUGAUUUUAUAGCCACAAUGAAACAAUACAAAAUUCCGUUCAGCGAUUUUGAUUCAUUCAAAGUACUAACAAUCGAUCAGAUACAAGUGUUGGCCACAACACAAACGGAGAAUUUACGACAAAAAUAUCCAUUCUUAAAACCAAAAACGGCCGAUUUACUCGAAGAACGUGGCCGAAGUCUACAACAGUCUUUGGCGCAAACGAAACACGAACAGGACAUUUUGAAUGUUAGCACUUUGGCUAUUUUGGCUGGAGCGACAGUUAACAUGGAAAGUAUUCCGGAUCGUUUAAAUCCGGUGGUAAAACCCCUAAUGGAAUCCAUUAAACGUGAACGAUGUCAAAUUAUACAACAAUUAGCAGCACAAUAUUUAGUAAAACUACUAGAUUUAGUUCGUAAUCGGAAUCCAAAUCCAAUCAAUAAAAUUGUGAUCAAUCUUUGUCAUUUGUUGAAAAGUGAUUUGGAAUUUACGCCAAGAAUUAUUGAGACGAAUAAAGCGGUCACUGACUUCAAUGCCAACGAUGCUGAGACAGACAAACAAAAUCCUUACCAUGGAAUACUUACGUUAACCAUUCAAAGUAAAGGUGUUGAUAGUCAUGCUCCAUCAGUUCCACGUGGUCCAGGUCGACCGCCUAUAAAUGACAUUUCAAUUGAUGACAUAGCCGAUACAGAGGAUCCGUGUCGUGAACAAAAUCGAAUUCAACGUAUUGGAGCUCAAUUCGCUAUUCAAGCUGUGUGCACAUAUUUUGGCGAAAAUUUAAUUGAAAAAAUUCCCAUUUUCUGGAGUUUGAUAAAAGAUACCAUCAAGAUUACGGACGAUGACAUUCAAGCAUUUUACACAACCGGAGAUGAUCGAAAACCGGUCAAUUUUGAUCAGGCCAAAGAGUUGAUUUUAUGUUUACAAUUAAUUGAAUGUGCUGCAGUCGCAAUACAUUCAAGCUUAUCUGAUAAUUUGCUGGAACUAUUGCCAGAAUUAAAUUUACUGCUGAAACAUCCGUUGAAAGCGGUUCGUCAUAUGACAGCACGAUGCUUAGCAACGUUGGCAUUAAUCGAUUCAUCUAAAGUUAUGGAUACAAUCGUUAAAGAUGGCCUUUUGCAACUGCAAACAAUUGAAAAUGUGAUUUAUCGCCAGGGUGCACUGGAAGCAAUUAGUUGUAUUGUUAAUAAAUUGCAAUUCGAAAUUAUUCCAUAUGUUUUGUUGCUGAUAAUUCCAUUGUUGGGACGAAUGAGCGACCCAGACAAAACCGUUCGCUUGCUAUCGACACAUUGUUUUGCCACAUUAAUUCAACUAAUGCCAUUAGAUUCACUCUCCGAAUCAAAAUCAUCAAUACUUUCCAAAGAUCUACUAGCGCGCAAGACAAAAGAUGAGGAGUUCCUUGAGUGCUUAUUUUCACCAAAAAAAAUACCAAAUUUCAAUGUACCCGUUCCAAUCGAUGCUGAACUACGAAGCUAUCAACAGUCUGGUGUAAAUUGGCUAUGGUUUUUGAACAAAUAUAAACUGCAUGGCAUACUUGCCGAUGAUAUGGGACUUGGUAAAACAUUACAAGCGAUAUGUAUAUUAGCGGGUGAUCAUCAUCAGCGUAUACAGAAUAAGGAAGCAAAUCUACCGAGUUUGGUCAUAUGUCCGCCCACAUUAACUGGACAUUGGGUGUAUGAAGUAAAUAAAUUCGUUUCAAAUGAAUUCUUGAAGCCAUUACAUUAUGUUGGUUUUCCAAACGAACGUGAAAAAUUGCGUCCGAAAAUUUCAUCGCACAAUUUAGUCAUUGCAUCGUAUGAUAUUGUUCGCAAGGAUAUUGCGUUUUUCAGUCAAAUUCAUUGGAAUUAUGCAAUUCUAGAUGAAGGCCACAUUAUAAAGAAUGGUAAAACAAAAUGCUCACAGGCCAUGAAACAAUUGGUAGUGAAUCAUCGGCUCAUUUUGUCCGGUACACCAAUCCAAAAUAAUGUAUUGGAGCUGUGGUCAUUGUUUGAUUUUUUGAUGCCCGGAUUUUUGGGCACCGAAAAGCAAUUCUGCAGCAAAUUUAGUCGUCCCAUUUUAGCGAGUCGUGAUGCAAAAAGUUCGGCCAAAGAUCAAGAAGCUGGUGCACUUGCAAUGGAAUCAUUGCAUCGUCAAGUAUUACCAUUUAUUUUACGACGAGUCAAAGAGGAUGUACUUACCGAUCUGCCGCCAAAGAUAACACAAGAUUUACUAUGUGAAUUGAGCCCAUUACAGGAGCGUCUGUACGAAGACUUUAGUAAAACGCAUUUGAACUCAGACGAUUUGAACGAAUGCUUAGAAUCGAUUGAUCGAUCGAAUGAUGGAAAUGCUUCGGUUCGAAAAACACACAUCUUCCAAGCGCUUAGAUAUUUGCAAAAUGUUUGCAAUCAUCCAAAAUUAGUUCUAACCAAAGAACAUCCAGAAUACCAAAUCAUACAAGAUGAUCUAUCCAAAUCAAAUAGAACACUAAACGAUAUCGAUAAUGCGGCCAAAUUGCCCGCACUAAAGCAACUUCUUCUCGACUGUGGCAUUGGAAAUGAAGCAUCCAAUGGAGACCCAUUAACACCGAUUAAUCAACAUCGUGCCUUAAUUUUUUGUCAAUUAAAAGCUAUGCUUAACAUCGUUGAAAAUGAUUUGCUGAAGAAACAUAUGCCAACGGUGUCAUAUUUGCGAUUGGAUGGUAGCAUACCGGCUGGUUCACGACACCAAAUUGUCACAAAAUUCAAUACCGAUCCAAGUAUUGAUGUAUUACUUCUAACCACUCAAGUCGGUGGUCUUGGUUUGAAUUUAACCGGUGCCGAUACGGUCAUAUUUGUUGAACAUGAUUGGAAUCCAAUGAAAGAUUUACAAGCAAUGGAUCGAGCUCAUCGAAUUGGUCAAAAGAAAGUCGUUAAUGUUUAUCGUUUGAUCACACGCAAAUCGUUAGAAGAAAAAAUAAUGGGCUUACAAAAAUUCAAGCUAUUAACAGCAAAUACAAUAGUUAGUGAGAAAAAUGCUUCAAUGGACACCAUGGGAACGGAGCAACUAUUCGAUUUGUUCACGUUGUCAGAAGAUGCAUCGAAAACAAAUAAAACCGAUAAGGACGGUAAACAAACGAACUUAAGUAUAAAGCAAGCAUUGGAAAAUCUUCCCGAUUUGUGGGAAGACAAAGAAUACGAGGACGAGUAUGACAUGACAACGUUUAUUAAAACACUCAAAUCUUAAUAUAAAACAGAUAAAUUGUUGAAAAAUAAAAAAAAAGCAUUCGCUUUCAUUCGAAAGCGUUCUGAUGUAAAUUAAAAUCAAUUAAUAAAAAAAAAUUCUAUCUAUAUCA